CCUCACUUCUCUCCAAAACUCGACCAGACGACCAUGGAAGGCAAGCCACCACCACCGGAGCGCAAGCAGUGGGACAAGGGCGAGUGGGCCGAGAAGGCACGCGCGCGGGAUGUCGCGGCCGCAGACCACGCAAAGAAGGCCGAGGAGGCGGCCAAGGAAGGUCGCAAGUAUCGCCCGAUGCCGGACGGGCCAGCGCCGACAGGUCUUGCACAGCAGCACAAAGAUCUGAACCUGAGCAAAAACCUCGGCAAGACGGUGCUGGUGCAGACGAGUACGGGGACACAGGGGCCUAGGGGCGCUGGAUUCUACUGUGAGCUGUGUAAUCGCACGCUCAAGGACUCGCUGUCCUACCUCGACCACUUGAACUCGCGGUUUCACCUCGCAAAGCUCGGCCAGUCAACCCACGUCGCGCGCUCAACAGUCGCGCAGGUACGCGAACGCAUCUGCCAGCUGCGCGAAGAGUCCAAGACCAAGGUCGACGCAAAGAACUUUGACUUUCAGAAACGCCUCGCGGUCGUCAGGGAGGCUGAGCAGGCCAAGAAGGACGCGCGGAGAGAGGACCGCAAGCGUAAGCGCGAGGAACGGCGCGAGGAGGCCAAGCUCGGUCGUGUGGGCGUGCAGAAGGGCGCGAGUGGCGCCGAGGUCGCCGCUGCUGUUGGCGAGCAGAAUAGCAUCGAAGCCAUGAUGGGCUUUGGUGGGUUUGGAGGGGCUCGCAAGCGAUAGACGGAGUACGAAGGGAGAGACACAUCAGACACUCUCGGCCAGUUUAGACCUGUUGUAUCAUCAGAAUGCAAGCAGCAGCUGC